UCUCAGCGCAUUGCUUCACACAAGCACUGAAGCACAAGCUCCUUCCCAUUCUCUGAUCGAUCGCUCUAGCUCAGUCUCAGGCUCUUAGCUCUUGCUCUAGCUAGCCAAGUAGCCACCACUCUUCUUGUAGUCACCAACCUUCUGCUCGUCACCAAUGGCCACUGCUGAGGUCCAGACCCCGACCGCCGUCGUGACCGAGGAGGCGCCCGCGGUGGAGACCCCGCCGGCGGCGGCCGCCGCGGCCGAGGAGGCUCCCAAGGAGGAGACCCCCGCGCCGGCGGAGGAGACUGCCCCCGCCGUGGCCGAGACCGAGAACAAGGAGGCCGAGCCGGAAGCGGAGGCGCCCAAGGAGGCCGAGCCAGCCGCUGCUGCCGAGCCGGAGCCGGUCGCCGAGGCGCCCAAGGAGGCGGAGCCGGCGGCCGCCGAGGAGGUGAAGGAGGAGGCGGCGCCCGCCACCGAGCCGGAGCCAGAGGCCGCCGCUCCUGCUGCCGAGGAGGCACCGGCCACUGAGGCGGCACCCGCUGAGGCGGAGCCCGCGGCGGCCGAGCCGGCCGCCGAGGAGGACGCGAAGGCCGCCGACAGUGAGUGAUGAGGCCGUGCGCGACGGCGCCCACGGUGGAUCACGGCUCGGCGUGGCAUACGGCAGCCGCGUGCGCGCGUACACGGCACGGGCUCGCCGUUCAGUACGCUACGGUUUUUACCGGUGUGUGCGCGCGUGUGUGGCGUAGUCGUAGCUAGCAGUAGUAAGCUGCUGCCGUGUGGGCUAGCUGUCGUGUGCUGCUGCGGGGCUGCGAGGAGUGGAGUGGAGUGGAGUGACGUGGGCUAAAAUAAAAGUGUGUCGCGGGUGGUGGGGCCCGGUGUCAGCGGCCCGGCGCCCCCAUGCCCUGCCGCUGCAGCUUGUGUCUUUGUGUGCUGUUGGUUCGUAUUACCUGUCAUGUAUGGGGUGUCGUGUCAAGUUAAUUAUCAACCACGUUUGCGCUAUCGUUGUUGGUUA